AUCUUGUCGUCUCAAGCUCAGAUGUUUAUGUGUACUGUCUCAAGCUAUUAGAUGUUAUACAUCAUGUGGAUUGAUUUGCCGUCCAACUUCUAUUAAGAAUUUUCUGUGUGCAAUCCGAUUUAGGUCACUAUCUACAAUAACAGUUGAUGCUAUUGCUAGUUUGCUACUGCAUAUGGCAUUGUUUCUGUGUUAUUCAGGCGCACCUUUAAAUUAAUCAUGCUAUGUUGAUUCUCAAAUAAAUUUGUGCCUCAAGUUGCCAUAAGCAUCUUCCAGAGUGUGGAUUUCAGAUCAACAAUGGAAAUUUUAUUUAGAUUCUGCUUUGUUUGUGUUUAUGAAUGUACCAAUAAUUUGAGUUAGUCGUAUAAAUAGAUACAGUUUAUUAGGUGAAAGAGAAUGAUAUAAUGGCUAUAUCAUUUAUAUGACCAAUGUUGUUCACUGUAAAAGUGUUUCCAGAGUUCUCAUCAAAAUUGUCUUUUAAAAUGGAAAAGUGAAUCACCCUGUUGUUUUUACUAGAUAUUGAAGUAAAGUUGUUUUUCACCAUUGAUCAUUAAAUCCCCAAUGUUGAUGAGCAUGGUCUCUCUUUUUUUCAUCCCAAAUGCCUAGAUACUUUAUUGUUUCUAUUUCUGAAAAUGCUUAUAUGCUUAGGAAAUGCCAUCAAAAUGCCAUCUAGUAUUCUGACCAUUAAAAUAUGUGUAUUCAUGUAAGAACCUGCACAAAACGAAUAUGAAAGAACGCGGCAAGAGAAAAUCUUGCAGAAUAUAAGAAGGAUUGAUGAACUUGGCAUCAAAGACAUAGCUGCCACUAUUAAACAUAUCGAAACACAACAUGCAUCUUCAAAGACAAAAAACUCAGGCACCAAGAAAAGUCAUGGAGAAGGUUCUGAUACAUCAGAGUUUCUCCCUGAAGAUGAUGAACAAGGGGUUCAGUGUGAUGAUGAUUCAUAUUUAGAACCGGAGCAGCCCGUCCCCAUAAUGAUUGAGUACCCUCGACAAACUAGACGAAAGAAGUGUGCGACGAAGAAGAAACCUACCCUCAAGAUGCCACCAGGAGUAAGGAUAUCAAAGAGAGUGAGGGCGGGUGCUCCAACCGAAAUGCCUCCUGGAGUCUCAACAAGGUCAGCGAAAAGGCAACUCAUAGCAGAACAAGGUAAAGGUAAUGGCCAUGAAGAACUGCCUCCAGAAACAGAAAACAAUGGUGAUGAAGAUGUGGGCAGUGGACAUUUGCUUCAAGAUAAUGAUGUGAACUGGCCCCCGAGCCCGGUGAUGGACUGGUCAUAUGGACAUGAUGCCAACCAUGAAGAGCAACCUGCACAGCAAACCAAUUCUGAUGUUGAAGUACCUAUACGAAGAGGCACAAGAAAAUCAAGGCCACCAACUGCAGGAAUAAUGCUUGACAAGAUGACCAAAGCUAUGGGAAGAAUGCCCAUUGCUGUUGCCGAAGGGAAGAAAAGGCCAGAUGAACCGGUGCAAGCUGCCAAGUUUGCAUCAGAGGCUGGUGUUAUCAUUAGGACUAAAGUUCAUGUCUUCCCUCAUUGGAAGCAGUACAAGGAUGAUGAAGGCUAUAUUAACAACUUCAUGGGCAAGUUAUCUGUCAAGUUGGCCAUUAACCAAAAACACCAGCCAACAAGGGAUGCUUGUGCUGAUGUAUUGCAGAAAGGGAUACGACAAACACGGUAUAAUUUGAAGAAGGCCUACUUCAAUGGAGUACCUGCUAACGAGAUUAGAACUACCUCUCCCAUAAGUAGCAUGACUGAUGAACAGUGGCUGGAACUUGUUGCAAAGUGGUCAAAUCCAAAGAAUAUGCAAAUCUCUGAACAGAACAAGCAAAACCGGCUUAAUGUUAGGUUCCAUCAGGCUACGGGAUCUCGCAGCUAUGCUGCACACUUGCACGCUUACAAGGAGAAGAACAAGGUUGUAGAGCUUGAUGCUGUGGAUGCCUUUGAGGACUGCCAUACCAGUAGGGAAAAAGGUCUAAGUGAUGCUGCCAAAGAUGCAAUUUCAAGUAUGAAAGCUAUUAUGGAAGAACCUGUACCUGAUGGUGAGACACCAAGAACUAGUGCAGAAGUUGUGUCCAAGGUUCUCUCUCGGGACAAUUCCAAUACCACGUUUUUGAAAAAUGCUGGUCUGCAGAUGAGCUCCAAGAAAUCAGUGACACCGACAGAAGCAGCACUUCAGGAAGAACUUGCAGCUGAAAAGCAAAGUUCAGCCAUUCUCCAUGCAGAAGUUGUCGAACUAAAAGAACAAGCAAAUCUUGCAAAUGAAGCACUGGCAAAGACUCAAAAGGAGUUGGCAGAGUUCAAGCAGCAGCAGGAAGAGAACAAUUUGCUCCUUCGACGUAUCUUGAGCCUUUCCCAGGGUAACUUAAAUCUGUCCUAGUCUCCUUUAUGAUCUUCUGCACUGUGAUGAACUCCAUCUACUUAUAUUAGUUGUUUGAUGGUUCUGUGAACUUAUUGUCAUGUGGUGGACUUGAUUAUGUGAAAUGAUGUUUGGUGCUAUGGUGGACUGAAUGUCAUCCUAUGGCAAACUUUUGUGGACUUAAUGUGAACAUAUGUGUGCUAGGUUCUGUGAACUUUUUUGUAAUAUGGUGCUAUGUGAAGUUGGUAUAUGUGAUAUAUGUUGAUGUUGGGCCUAUUUGUAAUGUGCUGUGAAGUUCUGAUUGUUUGUCCAUGUGAUCAAUCUUGAUGUUGGGCCUAUUUUCU